GGCGAGACAUAAAAAUGGCGCGAGCAUAAUGCAAUAUGCAAGGCAGAAAGAUUUAAAUGUUCGUCGAGAUGAGUGUGUGUGAUAGUCCGAAUAAAUGUGCAAAAAUGGACAAAAAGUCCGUAACACCAUUCAUAAAGGUUCGCCGCAAGACCUGGCAGCAGGAGGCCUACAAUAAGAGCUACAAAUGUUUAAGCAGCAUGAAUGAGCAGCAACAGGUCUCGUAUUGCGGCGACCGCUUCAUACCGAAGCGAUUUGAGCGGGAGAAUAUUGAUUUCAAUCUGAAGUACGUAGGACGCAGGGAAGAGAGGGACAUUCUGGAAACGGGCAUAACCCUAACCUCUAGCUAUUGGCGUCAGAGCAGCUUCAUUUCGACCAUCAACAGCGCUUUUGACAUCCAAGAGCGCCGCCUGCUGCAGUUCGGCAAUCUGCAGGGAUCCCGAUCCCAGGUGAGCGGCAUGGAUAGCAUUGAUGCCGACUGGCCCUGUUUGCCGCGCAGCAGACCGACCGCCUUUCAGAAUGCCACGCACGACAUGUCUGGCAUUUGCAGCCCCAUCGAUUAUAAUAUGAUGGACUGGGCCACAAACGAUCUGGUGGCCAUUUCCAGUGGCCAGGACGUAAUGAUAUGGCGCAAUCUGGACGAAAGUACCAUGAUAUUCAGUGUGGAGUCACCCACAUCGCUGAAAUAUUCGCCCGAUGGCAAAUACCUGGCCAUCGGCUGCAUGGAUGGCACCUAUCCAGUACUGGACCUAUGGGCGGUCACAUCUACGAUGGAGUUCAUUGUGUCGUAUAGGAAAUACUUCCUCAAGUCCAUGGGCUUUAUACGCUGCAUUGAGUGGUCGCACGACGGCAACGAGUUGCUGUGUGGCACCCACUGUGGCAUCAUUGUGGUGCUCACCCGCCCCAAAAUGACGUCGCAUCAAAUCCGAGAGCACAGACAUCAGAUAUCCAUGAUCAAGUUCUCGCCCAAUAUGCGAUACUUUGCAUCGAGCGACACAGAUGGCACCAUCUUCAUAUUCGAUGCGAGGCUGAAGAAGCGCCUCCUGAAAUUGGGCUGCAGAUCGAAGGCCGUGAUCUUCGAUUGGCAUCCCUGGACGGGCAUGGACUUGGCUGUGGUGGAAAGAUGUCCCGCCUCCAUUUUCAUCUUCAACAUACCGCAUCGGCAAUUUGUGGCCUCGUACAAGCGCAAGGAUGACAGGAUCAACAUCAAGACAGUCACAUUCAGCAAGAUCACAGGCGAGUUGCUGGUCAACAUCAUUAGGGGUGAUGAAAUGGAAUGUCUGGUGUGUGAAAUUCUGGUUCUUGCCUCGUUGAAUCGAGUGGUCGACUUGCUGGCCCAUCAGGAUCGCGGCACUCUGUUCCUGAUGUGGAGUCCGGAUGGAACAAACAUAGCCACGGGCGGUCUUGAUGACACCUUCUCGCUGUGGAACUUCUUUCCCACCCACAAGCGGGAGGCUGUACUGAAGCGGCAGGCCCAAGAGGCCAAGGAAAAGUGCAGUUCCUUGUGUCUGUUUAGAGGGAUUCGGUGAAGCUAGAUUAUGUUAGAUCUUAAAAUGAAUGUGUUAAGGCCACAAAGUGGUGCAACAAUUUUGAACGCUAGCAAUAUUUUAUGUGUAGUUUAUUUCAGUGUUUAAACAUAUCUAACUGGCUGCCUGGCUAGCUCUUAGUUUUCAUUAUUUAUUCAAUUCAUGUUGUUGCUUCCAUUAAAAUUCCAUUAAAUACCCUAA